GUGUGUGUGUGUGUAUGUAUAUGUAUAUAUAAUUUUUUUUUUAACUUUAUUUACAUUUUAGGAGUCAGGGGGAAUGCCUGAUUGUUCGGAAAGUCCCCCUGCUGGCAGCUCCAUAUACUGCUAUUGCGGCCAUGUGAUCAUGGUGAUCACGUGGCCCUGGAGUGCCGGAGAGGACGGAGCUGCUGCAGAGGGACUGCUGGGGUCUCGGGCAGUUUCCCCCGAUCGGUAUCGCCGGUCCAGGUAAGUACAUGGGUACAAAUUGCCACGGACGUGCAGAGUACAUCGGCCGUGGAACACUAAUUGGGAAACGCUGCACUAGACUAAUAAUAAUUACACAAAGCAAGCUUUACUUGUAUCUGACUGGAUGUUUCAUUAUCAGCCUUGUGUUCUUAGAUCAGACAAGUAGAAACUAGCUUGAAGGUGCACGCAACGCAAAGAAAUGUUAGAUUAAUGAAGCAGUUUGCCCCUCAAAAUUCUCUGCCAUUAAAUCACUGUUUAUGCAGCUCCCCUGUCUGAGACACAGUCUCCUACUCACCUCCUGUAAAGAGAGCUAAUGUGAAGUUUCCUUUAUUAGACAGACUGUCUAAAAACAUUAGAUCUCUCUUUACAGGAGGUGUGUGGGGAAACUUUCAUUUCUUUUCUCCUGCUCUAAUUGCUGCAGCAUGCUGUGUGUAAUUAAAGUGAAAUUAACUUAAAUUUCCUUUCUUUACCAAGGUUUUAGAUCCUGUAGGUUUGUGAACACACCUAACAAGGGAAAAACACCUGUCCACCAUCAAACUGCCUCACCGACUAUGGGUAAAGACAGUAAGCGGGUGACAGAGAGAAUAUUAAAUCUCACUCUGGAGAUCAUCUAUCUGCUGACUGGAGAGGUGAGCCAUUGUGGGAAAUAGACUUUUAUUAGCAGAAUGAAAAGAGGGUAAAAUUGGUGGUCAUUUGGAAUCUUUUAAUGAUCACUAUGUGGUUGUCUGAGAGGUAGGUGAGAUCUUUUGCAAAUAUUAGGUUGUAAGAUUGUUUUGAGCUGCAGAUGACUAAGCACAUUGACACACUGAUGGCUGGUGAAUGUUGGAAACAUGUUUACAGUGAUGCCUAAUGAUGUGUGUCUCCACAUAUAGGACUAUACUGUGGUAAAAAAGUCUAGUGACCAUGUCACACACAGCAGCCAUCCUCCUGCCUUUGUACCAGAAGAACUGAAGAAGAACCAGAGUUUGCAUUCACAGAUAGGUGAAGGAAAUCCUACCAAGAAGAUCCUGGAACUGACCAACAAGAUCCUAAACUCACCGACUGAGGAGGUGAGACUGUUGUGAAUGGGACAUUAUACAGUAAAACCAAGGGAUGUGUCUGUAUGGUGAUUGUAUCAUUGUGUGUGUAUCAGGUUCCUAUAAGAUGUGAGGAUGUCACGGUCUAUUUCUCCAUGGAGGAGUGGGAGUAUAUAGAAGGACACAGGGAUCUCUACAAGGAUGUGAUAAUGGAGAACCACCAUCCCCUCUCCUCUCUGGGUAAGGGGAAGUUAAAUAAUUGCUGUUGUAUUUAUAUUCCCUAUCUUACACAUAGACAGCACCAACACAAACAUUAUCUGUUAAUAAUGCACAUGGCAUACAAAGCACCCACCAAUAAUAAGCCGUACUAAGGGCCGUGGCUUCACAUGCUGCACAUAUAUCACAAUGCACAGAUGUGGUGCUGGAGCUGAGAGCUCUGCUUCAAUCAUAAUGAAAUUGGCAUUUACAGCAGCAAUGGCUCUGUAUUAUCGAGAUUGCUAGCGUAUGUUAUUUCUGCAAACUGAAACUAGUGAUUUCACAAUGUAUAGAUUGUUUCAAUAAUAAACUAGAAAAGCUACAAUUUCUGGGGAAAUUGUGUGAAGUGUUCUUGCCUCCACCAAAAGGCUACAACUGGAGUCGGCGGAGUAACUGUUAUUAUUUAUUUAUAUAGCACAUUUAAUUCCUACAGUGAAGAGCUUUAUACUGUGGGAAUCACAAGACCCAGACCUACAUUUUGAUGCAUAGUAUGUCUGUGAAAUAUUAAAAAUGAAGGCACAGUGGCAGUUUAGAAAUUGCCCUUCAAAUUUGAGCUGGCUAGAGUGGAGUUUCAAUGAAUGUCAUUGGACGGCGUGAGUUGCAAACAAAUGGUCAUAUUGUGAAAACUAUCAGGACUAUGGCUUAGCCAUGGACAUGUUUAGUGGCAGCAGGGAUAGCUGAACGUUUUGAUAUAAGAUUUGUGUAGGUGGGCUUGAAAAUGAGUGGUGGCUGUUUAGAAAUCACGUCCUGAUUUUUCAGCUUUUGCCAGCUCCCACUCUAGUUUUGAACAUUUUGCCAGUCUUUCCUAUGGGACCAAUUUCACCACAAGAACGACGAUAUUCCGUGAACCAUUCGGUGAAACGUUCCACAAAGUAAUAGCAAUCCAAUCGGGAACAAUCCGCACGUUUUGGUAUAUUACUGUCUAUGUAGUGUAAAAAGUUAGGGUGGUAUAUUUGGCUAUAAUAAGAAUAAUAAUAUAUAUGUGAGAUAACAUUAAGUGGUCUUGUUAUGCAAGAACACUUAACUAAAGAUUUGAAAACACCCAUCCCAUGGUCUCCCAGCUCAGACUCUUAUCAGCCAAUGUUGGGUACUCUUUCUUGAGGAGGGUAAUUUUCUGUCUUGAGUUCCAUUUAAUAGAUUUAAAUGGUUUAACAGUAUAUUGGCCAUUUUAAAACUUCAUGAACACUGGCCUAUUGGCAGAGGUACGUGCUUUCCCCAAGACUAUGGGACAUACUAUUCAGGGAACGGCAGAGAGGAGUCAGUGUAUAAAGAGUUCUUCAUGUAGGCCUCAGACGCCAACAUUCUUAUUGCAUAGUUUAUCUUCAAGCAGAUCCAUGCACAAUAAAUUUCACAAUAUCUUCAGUCUUGCAAAUUGACACACAGUGUAAUACUGUAGAAUACCAAUAUACACUUGCUCACUUCUUAGAAACCUCUCACCUUCGCCUCUGUCGUGGUUUAUUGUAUAUCUUUUAAUCCUUUUAUUGAUUUGUCAGGAACUUCACAGACACCUCCUUAGACGAAUGGUGGCGCUCAUAAUAGAAAUGAAUUUGCCCAUAUGUGCUUUAGAUUUUCAGUAGUGCUCUUUAUCACCUUCUCUGUGUUUCUAAGCAUGUGAUUGAGCUAAUCUGUUUCUUCCAUCACAUUAAUCCCACAAAUAUGACAUAGACUUUGAAAUUUAUCUGAUCAAAGCAACAACACUAUGAAAACACAUGUUGUAACCACCGAAGCAAUGUAUACAUAACUGUUUAAACCAUACCAUUAUCUCAUUUAACAUUAUGUACGUUAUGUGAAGAAUGUAUCUUAACCCCAGACCCCCAACUCUUCUUUUUGUACCCCCUAUCCCGAAAACGCAAAAAUUUCAAAAUAAAGAAUUUUUUUUUUUUUAAAAAGGUAAAAUGGUACACUCACAAUAGGAAGUACCCAAAAUACCUUUAUUGAUAUAAAAUAAACAAUAUAAAAUAUCCACAACGCGUUUCACCAAAGUGGCUUUUUACAUAUGUGGCGAAACCGGCCUCGCCACGUGUCCUUGGAGGGGGCUGCUUGCCCGCCUCCUGCCUUUGGACUAUGGACCAGACUUUAUGUGAAUGUGUUAACCCAGAUAGCUUUGCCUUGGAGCCCAUCCGUGUAGUUAAAGACUUCGGCUCCAUGGCAAUUGAACUGUGUGAAUAGGAUCUGAGCGCUAUUCGGUAGUUUUGUGCGCUCAGAUCCCAGCUAUCUGGGGAUAUGUGACAUGUCUGUGUUUUAUGUAUAAAAUGUGACUUUGUGUAUUUUAUAAUAUUUUAAUGCUUUGUGCUCACCAUGUGCAUAAUGGAGUCUUGUGUCUGUCCUGAGAGACAAUUUAAUUACUUCUCAAUUCAAUCUCCAGGAUAGAAGACUCUGAAACUGGUUUGGGCCGGAAAGCCAUGCUUCAUUUAGUCACAAAGGACUUUCCCUUAACUUUUGAACCCCUGGUCUGAUUCGUGCCAUUUUUUUAUAUGUUGUUCCCCUGAAUGGAUUGAUUAUGAAAAUGUAUGUUUUAUGUUUGUGACAUGUAUAUUUUAGAAGUUAUAAAUAUUGUGUAAAAACUGUAUUCCUCUGCCGGUGAUAAUGAGAUUACCCAUUGUGUUCGGUAAUCAUAUCACAGGCAGAGGGGAGGAGUUUGUGUGGGAGUGUCUGGGUGUAUUGUACGGAUUGAUUGGUUGUUUUUAACGCCCUGUGGGCUGUACUAUGUUUGUGGAUUGGGAAUAAAAGAGACUGUAUGUGACAGUACAGGGAGUUCCUGCUUAACCCUCAAAGUGAAGUGUCGUCUCAUUAUUGGGGGAGGAUUUAUUGUAUGCUGUUCCAGUUUGACUGCUAGGAGUGUAAACCUAUUUGCAUGGUUUUUCCUAUUCGGCUGUAUACAACAUUCAUAUGCUUGAGAGCAUUCAUAUGCUCCUACGUUUCGGUGGUUUUGGUGUCUGCUGCAGUGCUUGGAGUCCUCAGGAAGCGCUAGGAGCAUCCUUCAACGGAGGUACCCAGUCGGGGUGCCAGGUGAUCCGUUACAACAUACAUGUUGCCUUUUUGGUAUUGUACAUUUGAUACGUGCCACUGUCCUAAAAUCCCACAAAUUCUGCUCAAUUACACUUUCUGAGUAAAACAAUAUGCCCAUUAUAUGACCUAGACACUAUUUUGUGAAGUCACUGUGCUGUAAAAGAGAUUGACAAUUCCAUGUUUUUAAGUGUGUAUUUUCAUAGUUGGUUUUGAUGGGUCACUUUUUUCGCUAGCUUGUACCAAGUGUAGUGGUAAUAAGCAUUGUUUCAGCGUUUUUGACACACCUUGACACACCUUGAGUUUGUGUUGUAUAUUUUGCAAAUGCCUUGUGUUACAGCAGUAUAAUACUUCAUAUUCGGGAUGCAGCAAAAAAUGGGCCUAUCACACACUAUGGGACCGGAGGGGGGGGAGAGAAGAACACUAUGGGACCGGAGGGGGGGGAGAGAAGAACACUAUGGGACCGGAGGGGGGGGAGAGAAGAACACUAUGGGACUGGAGGGGGGGGGGGGAAGAGAAGGAAAAAAAAUUUAAAUAAAGUUAAAUCCCACCCCCCUUUCCCCUGCUUUAAUAAAAUUACAUUUUAAUGUCAUCUGAAGGGAUAGUGAGCUGAAACGCUUCACCUCACUUCAGCACAGCACUAUGCACUUGAAGGGAUUUGUUUUUUAUUUUCAUUUUUCCUUUCUUCUAGUUGUUAGUCUCGUUUAUGUAUAUAGUUUAAGCAUGAUCUAGUACUUCAUUGAGGGUUGAUGUAGACACCGGGUUUAAUAGCAGCUUUAGCACAGAACACCCACGAAGGUGUUUAGAGGAGUCUAUAGGGAACUAGGUUAGCGGUGUCUACAGCAGCCGCUCUGCACAUUAGUAGCAGCCUUUGUUUGCUGGACCUUUAGAUCACGAUACUUACCGGUUUCCCUCCUAUUAGUAAGCUCUAUUCCCGGCGUCUCAGAUUGGAUUGACGAUUGUGUCUAUUCAGGAUCCCGCUCAUAUAUCGAUCAGGGUAUCCCGUUAUCUGUUAUUGGUCCUCCCUCUUCUCUAUUCUCCCUCCCCCCCCCCUUUUUGGUUAGUCUGGGGUGUCUAUGUGUACAACGCUAAGCUCCCACAUUAGUGUGGAUUGCCAUUAAAUUCACUCCCAUUUUAGGUGACAUGGGGGGAAUAUAGACUGUGUCUUAUUAGCCACUAGUUAUAUUGUCAUUACAGUAUCUUUUGGGCAUUACGAGGUUAAUAAAGCUUUUUUUGCUCCUAUAUUUAUGUCAUGUCAAAAGCAUGAGUUGGUGUUUGAUGUGUGUUUAUAUAUGUUAAGAGUAGUUUUUUUGUAAACCUUGGGAUGACAUUUAUUGUGGUCUUUGAUCUUGCACCAGGCCUAGACCAUAAAACAUCUAGAUAGCCAUCACCAGAGCUGGACACAAGGAAUUUCAUAGAGUGGGCAAUAGACUGCCAGACCAGCCCCCUCUGAUCCCCCCCAGGGGUCUGCCCACUGAGAAACAACUAGUUUAGCUAUAUGAGGGUGUUGGACUAUCCAGGGAAGUCAGUUAUUCAUUUUUCUUUUGUCAGUAACUUCUAGGAGACCUAUACCAUCUAAGACUCCCACAAGAAUUCUAUAUGGGGUAAAUAUAUGUAAGGAAUUUCUUGUGUUUUCUCCUAUUUUAUUUUAUGUACUGUUUUGCAAUUUGUUAUCUGUAUGUCAUUUAUUUCUGUAUUUUGUACUCAGCACUGUGAAUCCUUUUGUCAGAUUAAAUGUUUACUUAAUCAGCUUGUGUCUCUGUUCUCUAUGAGCUUCACUCUCCAGAGGAAAGCUCAGGUAAACACGUUACCAAAAAGGGUUAACUAUAUAUGUUUUAUCAGUAAAAGUAGAACUGUGAUACUAUAAUUCUCCUGUGUGUGGGGUAACCUAAGACGCCCGGGUUUAAAAGUCUUGGUGGUGGCAGUCAAGUGUACUAAGGGAGUUAGUGUAGAAGGGAUUGCAGGGGUUAAUUGAGUGGUUGCUGGGACUAGCAACAGGUAACCAGGGGUCUGGUGUCAUUAACCCUGUCACUUCCACACUCUCCCCACUGUCUCGGCUGGGCCUAUAGCCCACGCACGUGACAAACUGGCGGCAGCUAGUGGGAUAUAUUUAGAGAUUUUUAGUGCUUGCUAGAUUUUACCUGUAAAGGGGGUCUUAGCACUAAAAGAAAUUGCAUACUUGUUUUUGUGUAAUUUCCAAAGACCAAGCUCAGUGCUGAUUUAAAAUACAUACAAAGUGCAAAACAGUUCUCCCCUCCCAUCUUUUGUUUUUCUUUCUCUAUCCUAUUUGUGAAUAUGGAGGCCUAUCGCAAACAAUCAAAAGAGGCCUUGGAAUUGUUGUGCCAAGAAAAGAAUUUACCAACUUUUGGCAAAAAUAAGGCACAACUUAUUGCUGACCUUGUGGAGGCUGACAGCCAUAUUUUCCAGCCAGAGACGGACACUGAAAGGGUUACCGAGCUCCCUACUACUGCAGGAGUGUUGCUUACUGAAAUGCCUGGUGGUUGUACCCCUCAAAACAUUAAGGACAUUUGCUCAACUGAUUUAUUUCGGCAACUGAUGGCUGCAAAUCCUCAGGAGGCCCUGCAUGUGAUGAUCCAACAGCAGGCUGCAGAAAGGGAAUCUGCAGAGAGGCUAGCCGAAAGGGAGGCACAAAGGAGACAUGAGCUGGAACUUGCUAAACUGCAAUUUACCCUUCAGUCCUCACUGAACAGCAAUGCAUCAGAGUCCAGCACACGUAGGCUCCGUAAGGAUGAUUUUCCUUCCCUCGAAGAAGGGACAGAUUUGGAUGUAUUUUUUAAAAGUUUUGAGAAAGUAUGCAGGCAGCAUCAACUACCCUCAGACCAGUGGGGCAGAUAUUUAACUCCACAACUGAAAGGGAAAGCCUUGGAUGUGUUUGUGUCCCUUCCCCCAGAGACUGAUAACAACUAUGAGGCAAUCAAAUCUGCAUUGCAAAAAACUUUUAACCUUACUCCUGAGUCUUACAGGAAAAAGUUUAGGAGUAUGCAGCAAUGCCCAUCAUCCAGCUGCAUUCUAUAUGUUGCACAAUUAGAAACCACGUUCCGGCAAUGGGUAACAGGAGUACAAGCUACUACCUAUGAAGCCCUUAAUGACUUAAUGGUCCUGGAGCAGUUCUUGCAGACCCGGAGCCCUAAUGUACGAGAGUGGAUUUUGGAAAGAAAGCCAAAAAAUGCUAGGGCUGCUGCAGAACUGGCAGAUGACUAUGCCGACAUCCAUGCACCCACAUCCAGGCGUGGACUUGUGUCAGCUGCUACUUCGACCUGGAGAGAAGCUACAGUUCAAACACCACCUGUAAGAUCUGCAGUGAGAACUUCACCGCCGACUGCCAGCGUAGCCGGGGCUAUGUCAAGUGAGUCAGAUGCCCGCCGUUGUUUUCGAUGCAACCAGAUUGGUCAUCUGAGCAGGACUUGCCCCACUAGGAAUAUGCCCUCAACAGUCCGUGGAGGGGCACCAUCAGUAUUGCUUGUGGGUGGGUCCGUGGGGAAACGAGAGGAUAACCUGCAGAGUGUAAUUGUGGGUGACCGAGUGACCAUCGACUGAGAGAUUCUGGAGCUUCCUUCACCCUGGUGUGCCCUGAAGUGGUGAAUACGGAGGACAUAAUCCCUGGAAGAACCAUGUCCAUCAAAGGAAUUGGGGGUGUGCGUCCCGCUGUGCCCUUGGCACGUGUGUACCUGGAUUGGGGUGCGGGCAAAGGUUUGCGGGAAGUGGGGAUUUCAGAGGAUAUCCCUGUUAAUGUUCUGUUGGGGAAUGAUUUGGGCAGGAUGCUCUGUCACUAUGCUCCAGCGGACACUGUUUGUAAGCCAGAAGGGCUGACUGCUCCACCUAAGGUAUUGUGUGAAACUUUGGGAGACAUUGUGAAGUGUGAUUGCUGGGAGGGAGAGCAGGGUGUGGAUAAAUAUCUACCUGUAACUGAACCAGUGAUGUCUACCAAAUGUGAGAUAGGGGUGAGUAGUGAUGUGCCUGUAUUAAAAUACUGUGAGGCUGGGAUGUCAGAGAGUAAGGGGGAGGAGGAAGGUGAGAGCCAGGGAUGUGUACCACUAGUCGCAGUGGUAACAAGUCAGCAGUGGGUCACGGCUGCAGAGUCUGAGGGGCUAUGUGAGAUUGCGAGAGGAUGGCCUGCCUUGGAGAAGAAAUUAUGUGAGUGUGUGCAAAAUUCUGUAUCUGAUCAAGGGGGGUCAAAUGUGUCCUGUGAAAAUGUAUGUGAUGUGGUGGGUGAAAAUGUGAAGGGACAGCAAGGCUAUGAGGGAGGGCAGAGGGUGUGUGAGCUUUACUCUGCGCCAGACUUAGCCAGUUUCCAAAGUUCUGUAUGUCUGAUGACCUGGAGUGAAAGUGAGGGGCAAGGACAGACUCAGCCUGUGGGUCCAGGAAGGAUGGCUGCAGGGAAACAUACUGUUGGGGGAACCAGGAACCUUGUCAGUUUAUCACAACUCACACAUACACCUAAGCAACUUUCUGAUUGUGAACCAAAGGUUCAGAGUCUGAUAGUGCAACAAGCCCAGCAGACAGACUGCAAAAUGAAAGAGAUGAUGGGUGUUGAUACAGCACAUCUAUCCUGGGAGUGUUCUCUGUCUGCUUUUUUGUGUGCUUACCGGGGAGUGCUGCAGAAAUCCAUUGGUUUCUUCCCCUUACAGCUACUACAUGAGCGCAGUGGGUGUGGUUUAAGGGAUGUUACCAGAGAUCGAUGGGAAAUUGAAACAGGCAAAUCAGGCAUGUUUGUUGAGGGUGUAGCUGUGGUUUGGACUGAUCACAACCUGCUGCAGGUGACAGGUAACACUGAUAAACUGCUCCAUUGGAGCCCUAUCCUCCAACAGUAUAAUUUCACUGCCCAACACAAAAAGGGCAGAUGGCCUGUCUCGGCAACUAGAGGGUUAAUGGUAGACAGAUAAAUCAGCCUGUGGCUGAAUUUUUCUGUCCACCAUCUUAAGGGGGAGGUGUCAUGCCAAAAGCAUGAGUUGGUGUUUGAUGUGUGUUUAUAUAUGUUAAGAGUAGUUUUUUUGUAAACCUUGGGAUGACAUUUAUUGUGGUCUUUGAUCUUGCACCAGGCCUAGACCAUAAAACAUCUAGAUAGCCAUCACCAGAGCUGGACACAAGGAAUUUCAUAGAGUGGGCAAUAGACUGCCAGACCAGCCCCCUCUGAUCCCCCCCCAGGGGUCUGCCCACUGAGAAACAACUAGUUUAGCUAUAUGAGGGUGUUGGACUAUCCAGGGAAGUCAGUUAUUCAUUUUUCUUUUGUCAGUAACUUCUAGGAGACCUAUACCAUCUAAGACUCCCACAAGAAUUCUAUAUGGGGUAAAUAUAUGUAAGGAAUUUCUUGUGUUUUCUCCUAUUUUAUUUUAUGUACUGUUUUGCAAUUUAUCUGUAUGUCAUUUAUUUCUGUAUUUUGUACUCAGCACUGUGAAUCCUUUUUGUCAGAUUAAAUGUUUACUUAAUCAGCUUGUGUCUCUGUUCUCUAUGAGCUUCACUCUCCAGAGGAAAGCUCAGGUAAACACGUUACCAAAAAGGGUUAACUAUAUAUGUUUUAUCAGUAAAAGUAGAACAGUGAUACUAUAAUUCUCCUGUGUGUGGGGUAACCUAAGACGCCCAGGUUUAAAAGUCUUGGUGGUGGCAGUCAAGUGUACUAAGGGAGUUAGUGUAGAAGGGAUUGCAGGGGUUAAUUGAGUGGUUGCUGGGACUAGCAACAGGUAACCAGGGGUCUGGUGUCAUUAACCCUGUCACUUCCACACUCUCCCCACUGUCUCGGCUGGGCCUAUAGCCCACGCUCGUGACAAUUUAUUUCUGCCCUAAGAUACUUUUGGACUUACUAGAGACACUAGAGUUUUCACUGCUUACACUUUAUAUACUUUCCAAGUUUUUUUGAGAAACAUCGUAUCAAUGGUGUAUAUAUUCUUUAUACCAGCUAUCUGGAGGACCUCCUAGGGGGUUAUCUCUCCUAUUUUAGUUUAUUUUCGUUUUCCAUACACAAUACCCGGAUACAAGCCCAUAUUUAGGUGGAGCUGGUACCACCAUCCUGACCUAUUUUCCUAAUCCUCAUUCCAAUUUUUUGGUUGGCUGGGGAGAUAGGAAAACUAUUUCGCUUUCUUUCUUAAUUUACAAGAAUGCCGGGGAUUCCUUAACCAAAUAAAGUAUCAUUUUGAGGCCUCACCGGGAUCUUUUCCCACAGACAGAGCUAAAAUUGGUUACCUGAUUAAUCAAUUAAAAGGUAAAGCUUUAGCUUGGGCCAAUCCAUUAUGGGAGAGUAAUAGGAGUGUGGCACACAACUACCAGGAGUUUAUUAUGGAAUUUAAACUUAAGUUUUAACCAUUAGGCAGGGAGGAAGACGCCUGUACUGCCCUGAUGCAUAUCAGACAAGGGAACCGCUCUAUCGCGGAGUAUGCCAUAGAAUUUCGUACCCUAGCUUCCAAGGUAGACUGGACUAAUAGUGGGUUAAUCUCUGCAUUUAAAAAGGGACUAUCUGAAACUAUGCUAGAUGAGAUUGCCACCAAAGACUUACCCAAAAAGCUUAAUGAAUUUAUCACUCAUGCAAAUUGAUAAUAGAUUGAGAACCAGAGAAGCUACUAGAAACAAGACCAGACACAUGAAAAUGCCUUUAGCAGCCCACUUUUCCAAACCUAUUGUCCCUGAAUUUCCUGUACAGUCCGAACCCAUGGCGUUGGGGGUCACUAGACUGUCGGAAGCAGAAAGACAAUAUAGGAGAAAAGAAGGCCUAUGUCUAUACUGCGGUAGAAAAGGACACAUGAAAAACAAUUGUCCCAUACGUCCGGAAAACUACAGCAACUUAAGGGUACAGGUCUUAGGUGUAAUGGAAACGUCCUCUGGAAUGGAUAAAAAUAGGUUUCUCCUUGAUAUUUCUAUUGCUUUUGAAAAGAAGAACUUUUCAUGCAAAGCCCUGGUGGAUUCAGGUGCCGCUGGAAACUUCGACGUUCAAUUUGUUAAAGGUAAUACUAUACCUAUCAAGGAGAGACUAUCACCCCUAGCUGUUGAAGCUAUUGAUGGGCGACCACUCUCACAACCAUUGAUUACACACGAAACCUUACCCAUUAAUUUGUCCAUUGGUGCCUUACAUAAGGAAGAGAUUACAUUUCAUGUUAUUGCUAUUAGGCUUUCCAUGACUUAACAAGCAUAACCCUCAUAUUGACUGGGCAAAUGGGGAAAUAUUAGAAUGGGGUAAGGAUGGUUAUGAAAGGUGUAUAUUGAAUGUUGCCAAAAGAGUGGGCACUAUUGGAUUACCCACUAGUAUACCUCAAAACCUGGAAAUCCCUAAACAGUACCAAGACAUUAAAGAAGUAUUCAGCAAAACUCAAAUACUCUAGCUCCUCACAGACCUUAUAACUGUUCCAUUAAUUUACUACCCGGCACUAUGCCACCUAAGGGAGCAGUCUAUGCUCUGUUACCUCAGGAGAGUAGAGUAAUGGAGGAGUAUAUUAAUUAUUCAUUAAAUAAAGGCCACAUACGAAAAUCAUCCUCGCCUGCUGGGGCAGGAUUCUUUUUUUGUAUCCAAAAAGGACGGUGAGUUGCGCCCAUGUAUCGAUUACAUGGCAUUGAACAAAAUCACCAUUAAGAACGCCUACCCCAUUCCUCUUAUUACUGAAUUAUUUGGUAGACUCCAAGGUGCUAAAGUAUUUACUAAGCUUGAUCUUAGAAGUGCUUACAAUUUAGUGAGAAUCAAGGAAAACUACGAGUGGAAGACUGCAUUUAAUACCAGAAGUGGACACUAUGAAUAUCUAGUGAUGCCAUUCGGGUUGUGCAAUGCUCCAGCGGUUUUCCAAGAUUUCAUAAAUGAUGUACUCAGGGAUUACAUUUACUCGUUUUUCUUGGUCUAUCUGGAUGAUAUCCUUAUUUAUUCUCCUGACAUUGACUCACCACGAUCACGUUAGACAAGUUCUACAGACCUUGUUAAAGAAUCAACUUCAUUGUAAAUUAGAAAAAUGGAUCUUUGACCAAUCUGAAGUACAGUUUUUGGGAUAUAAUAUCUCUGCCUCAGGCUUUAUUUCUGAUGCCUUAAAGGUAGGCAGACAAUGUAAUAGAGCAGCAGGAAAUGCUAGCAGAAUGCUUGGUUGUAUAGGGAGAGGUAUAAACAGUAGAAAGAGGGAAGUGCUCAUGCCAUUGUACAGAACACUGGUGAGACCUCACUUGGAGUAUUGUACACAGUACUGGAGACCGUAUCUUCAGAAGGAUAUUGAUACCUUAGAGAGGGUUCAGAGAAGGGCUACUAAACUGGUUCAUGGAUUGCGGGAUAAAACUUACCAGGAAAGGUUAAAGGAUCUUAACAUGUAUAGCUUGGAGGAAAGACGAGACAGGGGGGAUAUGAUAGAAACAUUUAAAUAUAUAAAGGGAAUCAACACAGUAAAGCAGGAGACUAUAUUUAAAAGAAGAAAAACUACCACAACAAGAGGACAUAGUCUUAAAUUAGAGGGACAAAGGUUUAAAAAUAAUAUCAGGAAGUAUUACUUUACUGAGAGGGUAGUGGAUGCAUGGAAUAGCCUUCCAGCUGAAGUGGUAGAGGUUAACACAGUAAAGGAGUUUAAGCAUGCGUGGGAUAGGCAUAAGGCUAUCCUAACUAUAAGAUAAGGCUAGGGACUAAUGAAAGUAUUUUGAAAAUUGGGCAGACUAGAUGGGCCGAAUGGUUCUUAUCUUCCGUCACAUUCUAUGUUUCAGAUGGAUCCUAAAAAGCUGGAAUCGGUUCUACAAUGGCCUUUACCCACUGGGUUGAAAGCCAUUCAAAGGUUCAUUGGUUUUACCAAUUAUUACAGAAGGUUUAUAAAGGGAUUUUCUUCAGUAAUAGCCCCCAUCUCCAAUAUGACACGCAAAGGGGUUAGCAGUACGAUAUGGUCUAAGCCUUUGAAACUCUCAAACAGCAGUUUGCCUCCGCCGACAUAUUGAUACAUCCUGACACCAGUAAACCUUUCAUACUGGAAGUUGAUGCAUCAGAGACAGGGGUAGGGGCAGUUCUCUCCCAGAGGGAGAGCCAGGAUACUCCAUUGCAUCCUUGUGGUUACUUCUCUAGAAAGUUGUCUCCUGCCGAGCGCAAUUAUGAUAUUGGCAAUAGGGAAUUGUUGGCCAUUAUUCUAGCUCUCAAGGAGUGGCAACAUCUUUUAGAGUGUUCCAAGGACCCCCUUUUGAAAAUUACUGGUCACAAAAACCUGCCUUACAUAGGAGAUGCUAAACGAUUGUCUUCUAGACAAGCUAGGUGGUCUCUGUUCCUUUCUCGCUUUAAUUUUCUUAUUACAUAUAGACCUGGUUCUAAAAAUGUCAAGGCUGAUGCCUUAUCCAGACAGUUUGAUACUGAGUCUAUACAAGAGCAAGAAAAGUCCCAUAUCAUUCCGCCAGAAUGUAUCAUUGCCUCCACAACCCUUUCAUUGUCCUCUCCGCUGCUUGGCUCUGUCAUGGAGGCUCAGUCUCAGGCGCCCUGCGGUAAACCUCAGGACAAAUUGUUCGUUCCAAAGGGUUAAUAUCAUGAAGGUGUUUCAUGACAAUGUGUCUGCUGGUCACCCAGGUAUUAAUAAAUCCACUUCUGCUAUCAUGAGGCAAUUCUGGUGGGAUUCCCUCAGGAAGCAUGUUAAGGAGUAUGUGCAGGCUUGUUCUGUUUGUGCGGUUUCCAAAAGUACCUCAUAAACUCCCUUGUGGCUUGUUACAACCUCUUCCCGUUCCUGAGGUCCCAUGGACCCACUUGUCUAUGGAUUUCAUUGUAGUACUUCCUAGUUCUAAUGGUUAUACCACUAUUCUCAUGGUUGUUGACCGUUUUUCUAAAAUGGCUCACUUCAUCCCUCUCAAGAAAUUACCGUCAUCUCAAGACUUGGUACUGAUCUUUAUACGUGAGAUUGUCCGUCUGCAUGGCAUUCCUCACAAUAUUGUAUCUGAUAGAGGUUCUCAGUUUGUAUCCAGGUUUUCUCGGGGCACUUUACAGUACUUGGUGGAUUGGAAAGGUUAUGGACCAGCCGAUCGUUCUUGGGCUCCGGCAUCUGAUAUACAUGCUGGCCGCAAGAUUCGCUAUUUUCACGCCAAAUUUCCUCUCAAGCCUGGUCCUGCCUGCCCGGUGGGUGUUGUUUAGGUGGGGGGUAAUGUCACGUAUUCAUCCGCUUAUAAAAAUGUGGUUCAUGACAUUUACUGUCCACACAGGAAAAGUUGUGCCGAGCAGCAACCAAAUCCACAGAAAGGUUAAUGCUGAGCAGCAAUUAUGCAAAUGGGAACCUGGUAACUGACUUUGGGGUCAAAGGCCGGUUACAGCCUAUCAGAUCUAAAGGAGGGGUAUUUAGGCCCAGUUCUCAUCCUGCUCAGUGCCCUGUCGUGGUUUCCCUUGUGGUUGUCCGAGAGCGCGUUAUUGAUUUUGGUUAUUCUGGUUAUUUGACUUUGGCAUUGUUUUUAACUUCCCUGUUUUCUGGCAUCAUUGACUCCUGGCUUUUCCUUAUCGUUGUGUCUCUUUCUGUUUCCCUCGGCUAUUCCUGACUAUUCUUUGGUACGUUAGUCCGGCCAUUCUAAGGUCCGGUAUACGUUACCUAUCAGUCCUCUGUGUUGUACAAUUCUACGUGCUGGGUCAUUCUGUAAUCCUGACAAAAAUACUCUAAAAUGGGACAUGGACACAGCAUAAAAAUUCAAAGUUUGAAAAAAAACUGGAAUGGCUGUGUCCCAAAUGUGCCCCUUCAAUGUCCACAUAUACCUGGCAAAGGUACAUACGAGGGUAUUGCUGUACUCAGCCGACAUAAAUGAGCAACAUAUGAAGUAGUAUACAGUCGUAGCACACAUAAGGUUGCAAAAUAUACUGCGCAAACUCCCUUUGUGUGUCAAAAAGGCAGAAAAAAUGCUUAUUACCACAACACUUGGUACAAGCUAGUGGAAAAAUGAUCCCACGCUAAGGUUCAAAAUAGGCCUUUUGAAAUACCCUGGGAUGUCUUCUUUAAGAAAUGGUAUGGCAUUAUGGGGUAUUUGGAUUAUAUAGCCUGGUAAAUACUCUAAAAUGGGGCACAGUGUAAAAAUUUAAAGUUUGAAAAGAACUGGAAUGGCUGUGUCCCAAAUGUGCCCCUCCGAUGUCCACAUAUACCUGGCAAAGGUACAUAUGGGGGUAUUGCUGUACUCAGCCAACAUAGCUGAGCAACAUAUGAAGUAUUAUACACUGGUAGCACACAUAAGGUUUGCAAAAUACUGUGCAAACUCACUUCGUUUGUCAAAAAGGCAAAAAAACGCUUAAUACCACUCCAUUUGGUACAAGAGAGCGGAAAAAUUAUCCCACGCUAAGGUUCAAAAUACGCCUUUUGAAAUACCCUGGGAUGUGUUCUUUAAGAAAUGGUAUGCAUUUAUGGUGCAGUUGUAGUAUGUAGCCUGCUCAAGUGCUCCAGAGUGGAACACGGAUGCAUCAAACCUCUCCAUGCAUCAAAACCUGAACUUGUCACGUCUCUUUUACAGCACUGUAACUUCACAAAAUAGUGUCUAGGUCAUACAUUGGGCAUAUUGUUUUACUCAGAAGACUCAGCUGAGCAUAAUUUGGGGGGUUUGAACUUGGUGAACUUGAAAUUAUUUUUUACCACAUACUUUGGCAUAUAUUGGUGAAAAAAUGGGUGCGUGUUAAAGCACAAUAUGCACCGUAUAUGAGAUACCCUGGAGUGUCUACUUUUACAAAUGGUAGGCCUUUGUGGGUUUUUUUGAACAGUCAAACUGCUAUAAUACCCCAAAUUGAAGCAUAGGCCCAUUAAAUUCGUCACUCAAAAUUCUACUGUAAAUGUUGAAACGCACAGGUAUCCUAUAUGGCACUGUAGCUCCACGAAAUAGUGCCAAAGACAUACAAUGGGGGUGUCAUUUUACUCAGCAGAUGUAACUGAACACAAAAUAAAGUUUUGUACAGGAACAGCACACACCAAACUUUACAAAAUACACAUGAGAAGUUCUUUGUUAUAGGUUUGUGUGCCAAAAACCCCCAAAAACAAAAUUUUACUCCAAUAUUUAGCAGAGCUUGGCGGUGAAAUGGCUACGUAGUAAGUGUCAGAACAACCUUAGGACAAUAGCCUGUGAUGUCUACUUUAUAUAAAUAUAUACUUUUGUGUGUUACAUCAAAUUAAAGCCCUUUCUGUCCUUUAAAAAAACAGUAUAUAAUAUGUGUCGGUGCAAUAAACGAGAGAGAUGCAAAUUGCAGUUGAUGCAAACAGCAAGAAAAUGCAAAAAAUUGCUUGUGUCAUUAAGCGUAAGACGUGGUUCUGAAGCUGUGUCCUUAAGGGGUUAAUGGGAAAUAAAAUAAGCUCAAACAAUUCAGAGGAUAUGCAGUUAAGAUAAAUAAAACUAUUAAGAGCUAGUGUGGUUAUAAUUGAAGUUGGGUACUCAUGAAGUUACUCCACUAUAUAUUACUUGGCGCCAUGCUCCAUUGGUAACAAGAUACCCCCGCCUGUCUUCAUUUAUUUAAAAUGUAAAACUUGUGUGCAGUUAGUUUCCAUUGGUGGUCUGCUAUAGAAGAAACAUGACUCCUGCCUGUUUGAAGACUUGAAUGAGUGUUUGCUCUGCUAGCUUGUUCUAUAACUUCCCAAAAAUCUGUCAAACCGGAGUGUAGGAUAUGUCAUUGUGCUGUGACGAUAGGGCUGGACACACAUUAGGAUCUUUUUUAUAUUGCACUGGCAUACACCCUGUAUACAGUAUUCACAGCCACACAUAGAUGAAUAGAGAUGGAAGAAUCAUUCCUCGAAAGGCAUUUAUGCUGAAAAAAGGAAUUUAUUUUCAAGGCAUUCUAAUUCCAGCGAGAGUGUGAGUGGCCAUUUGUGAAUUAUACACCUGGUUUAUUCAUAUACACAGUUAUACGCUAUGUAUUGUUCUUGUUAUUGAUUUAGCAGAUUAUCCCCUAUUUUUCUGUAUACAUUCUAUUGACGACAAGAGGAAGUCGUCUGGGAAGUCCUACCUGGUUCAGGGAGGUUUUUUUCUGCUAUUUAUCUAUCGAGCACUUAUUGCACUGUGGUUUGUGCACACAUAUAUUGUUUUUUGUAUCCACAGCCACAAUAUAGUGUUUGUGUGGAAAAUAAAACAUGAAACCAUUACAAAUAAGAUGUAACUUUGUGACUGGGCUAAUAAAAUGGAUGCAUAAAAACAAAAUACCUCAUGUGAAACACACUGGUGCCACACUCUAAAGGUAGCAGUUUGGGUGCGUAGAACUUGUCUCUGCAGUCUCGCAAUUGGAAACCAUUUAUCUGAGAAAUUCUAUGUUUACAUUUACGCCUCAAGUGGUGGUCAAGCACAAUGACUACUUGAGUUAUUUCAAGUGGUCAUGGUGUCCCCUACUGGGGUCUGUAAGUGUGAUGUAUUGCCGAGAAACGCUGCGCAUACCAAGUUUAAUCCCUAGCUGCUGCUGGUUUAACUCCAUCUCCAUCAGCGUCAUUGGAGCAUCAUCUGCCAGCCAAAAACAAGCACAUUUUCAUGCAUUGUGCCAUCCAUUGGCUGAGAGUGGUCGGCUGAUGCUCUCAUCCAGUAAAUGCCGACCAGAUCAUCUUUCAGGUUCUGCAGCUGUGCUGAAGCACAUCACUGGAGAGGAAAGGAGCCUCAGACCCCAGUAGGGACCCUGAAUGGUUCCAGGGAACCAGGCCAUGUCUGUAGUGAGUCUUUUUAAGACUUGAACUAAUUUAAUCAGGAUGCCCUCCAUUAACUGUAAGCUGUGGUUUUCAAAAUUCCUUUUAUGGGGGGGCUAAGGGCAAAGAACAAUAAUAUUAAAAAUAUAUUUUUAUUAGUUUUCCUUUUAAACAUGUACUUUUGUGAAGGGUAAUUUUAAGUGAAGAGGGCAGCCACAAUGUUAUAUAUGAUAAUGAUGGAACGUGAUAAGAGUAAAUGAUUCAGAAAAGAUUCAGUUGUUCAGUUAACAUUUCUUUAAUCAGAGUAUGUAUUUAACAAAGAAAUGAGGAGGGCGGUAAUAGUUAUCAAUCAUACAUAAAGUCUUUAAUUUCUUCCUAACAGGUGACCCAGAGUCCAAAAACACAACAGAAAAUGUGAAACCCAACAUGGCUUCACCAUGCAGUGAAAAUGAAGACAGAACUAUAACCAGAAAUAAUAAAGAAAUAACAUUUCUAGAAAUGGGUAAGAGAAGAAAAAGGCAGAAAAAAUGUGUGAAAAAUUCAAAUGAGGAAUCAAGCUCAUGUGAAGAAAAUCUCACCAACACCACCUGUAAUAAAUCACUGGAACAUAAACCAGCAGUAUAUCAUACCCAGAGGGGAGAAGACACUAAUGCACCCCAAGUACAUACAGAGACCACGUAUAUAUCCCCUCGUGCUAGAGACCAGCUGUCCUCAGAAGUGAAGCAAAAUGACAGUUACAUGCCCACGGAAUUGAGACAGAUAACACAAGUGUCAAGGUGUGCUAAAGAGGAAUCGACUUGCGAUGAACAAAUGGUCAUUGACACGUACGCACCCACACCACGUACACGGACAACUUAUGUAUCUAGUCAUCUUGAGGAGGAAUCCGCUUCAUGUCAUGUACAAAAUGUCAUUAACAUUGACACAUGCGUGUCUUCAGCACAUUCUCCAAGAUCACAUAUGUCAGGUCAUGCUAGAGAGAAAUCCACCUCACUUGCUGAAGAAAAUGUCAUUGACAUAGACAGUUAUGUACCUGCUGAGCGCACACAGAGAAAUUAUGUAACUGCUAUUAUUAAAGAAGAAUCUAACUCGUGUGAAGAACUGAUUUUUGGUCGCACUAAUUGCUGUACACCACCAGAUCAUCAUCAUCGAAACGUAAAACACACCUAUGGUCAUCCUAAGAAUGAGCCAGCCUUGUGUGAAGAAGGAAAUCUUUCAGAUGCUGAAAUUUAUAGAGUGCGAGAACAUGUUCAGGAAGAAUAUACAUCUGUUUAUAUAAAGGAGGAAUCUGCUUCAUGUGAUGAAGGAAACCUUACGGACACUGACAUUUACACCUUCCCUGAACAACGAGGAUAUACACCUACUCAUAGCAUUGGAAACCACAAAGUCAAACGAAAUCGACCAAAACCAAAUAACUCAUUUUUAUUAAAGUACAAAGAAUUUGAUGGCCAAUUCAAUAAGUCACCAUCCACGUCUUAUGACUUAAUGCACUCCACAGAUAUGAUAUACGAGUGCCCUAUGUGCCAGGAAUGUUUUACUAACUAUUCUGAUUUUGUAAAACAUCAGACUGUGCACAAAGUAAGGAAACUGCCAGCAAUAGACUACGGAAAUUACAUUUGCUACGAGUCCGACUUUGUGAGAGAUCAAAGUAUUAAUAGUGAAGACAAGACCUUUAUUUGCACUGAUUGCGGGAAGUAUUUUCGCUCAAAGUCUGACCUGCAUAAACACCAGAGAAUUCAUACAGGGGAAAAGCCAUAUGUAUGUUCUUACUGCGGGAAGUGUUUCACUAAGAAUUCCCACCUAGUUAGACACCAGAGGAUCCACACAGGAGAGAAACCCUUUGCUUGUUCUGACUGUGGGAAAGGGUUUACCAAUAAAUCAAAUCUUAUUACGCAUCAGAGAAUUCACACUGGAGAGAAACCCUACUCGUGUGUUGUGUGCGGUAAAUGCUUUGGAGGAAAAAGCGAUCUGAAUCGACACAUUAAAAUUCACUCUGGUGAGAAACCAUUCAUAUGUUUUGAAUGUGGCAAUUCUUUUGGACGUAAAACACAACUGAACAGUCACCUGAAAACACACAUCCGGGAGAAAGCAAUCACUUUUUAAUACUUCAGGGAGAAGUUUAAAUGUAUAAUAAUAAUAAUAAAAAAAGUUACAUGUAAUUGUUUCAAGAACAUAUUGCUCCUUUUCUUUUUAUUAAAGAGGUUUGCGAGCUAUAUGUACUCAUUUACGUUACAUACAUUAAAUAAUUUUUAACGAGCCACUAAUCUUAAGCAACUUUUUAUAUUCUAAAUGAUUAGACAAAGUGGUUACAGGUUUUAUUAGAGAAUUAAUUUACACUAUGUGUUUUUCCUAGUUAAUUCAGUAAUUGGCAGAUUUUUGUUUGAACCUUUCUGGGGCAUAUUCGGGGUAUCUGUGUUUUGAAGGGAUUAUUUAACAGCGAUCUGCUAAGCUAUUUUCUUCCACCUUCUUUUUAUGCAGAAAAUGUUAUAAUGCUUGCUAUGUAACUUUCAGUGCUUAGAGGGAGCAUGGCUGGGAAAACUGCAUAAAUGGUUUCCUUACUUUUUAAAAUUGUUUAAUUUUUGUUUGUUUUUCCCUGAUGGCAUUGGUAUUGUUUUACAUGUAAAAGAAAAGGGUUUUUUUUUUUUGUUUUGUUCUAUGCUGGUUUUAUUUUUCUCUGUAAGGUUCCUUUUUGUACCGUAUGUUUGUGUACAAAGCAAACAUACUCGAACACAUGGGCUCUUGUCUAAUUUCACUAAUUUAUAAAUGGUACUUCAGUUAUUGUGUAUAUUAUUCUGUUGCUUAUGUACAAUACUCUAAGCUGAAACCUGCUGAUCCACAUGUAUAUUCAUUGUAAGUCUUCUGGGAUCAACAGGAUCCAUCUUUGUUUUGCUCAUCGUACAUGUCAUAUUUGCUCCAGAAGAGAGGACGUAGUGAACCACAAUGUCUAAACUUUGUCAUGGAUUCUUCACAAGUGUGAGAUCGAGUCUUACUUGGCUCUUGGACAUUCACCUGUUUGUUGUUGAGCUGGUCUUUUGAGUUUGGAAGAAAUCUCCCCCUCCCAGGGUUCUGUUUGUAGUGAGGCAGAUAGGAUGCAUGUAGGACACCAGCUAAGAAAUCAAACUGUUCAAAACAGUUUGCUUACAAUGGAGGGGCGUCCGGGCACUCCUGACACCAUAGCUACACCAGUGAGCUGUAGCGGUUAUGGCUCUUGCAGAGUUCUUUUAACAAUGCCUGGGAAUGCAGAAGUACAAAAUGGAGGCCUGGUAGAGGAAUUCACUUCUCUACAGAGCGAAAACCAGCGUUGGAGUGACUAAGAGGUGUAAUGGGGCUUAACAGACAAUACAAAUUGAAAGUUAGCACAGGCAUAUUCUCUGCAGGUCUGAAACAAGUGCGAAAAAGCAAGAUUGUUUUGAAAAAUAGAAAUGUUUAUAAAUUAUUUUCAGUUAGCAAAAUGUAAGAGAAGUUAGCAAAUGAGCAACAUUGGAUUGUACAAAAUGCCGAUGAGGUCAGACUGCCUCUGUGACAUUGUGAGAGGCGGUGAGGACUGACAAGGUAAGUCAAACUUUCAUUUUAUUAUUACUAACGACAGGGACUCUAGAGCACUAGGAAUCCUUAAAUGAUUGAUUCAACCUACAUAUUAAAUCGAUGAUCGUUAGCACUGGUUCGAUCGUGCACCUGUCAAUAUGUCAACAAAGUCCCUGAAUUUGUGUGUACCUAAAAGAAUUGAUACUAUUUUCAAGUCAAAGUGUGGUCAAAUCAAAUAAUUUUCUUCUGAUCACUCACUUUGCAUAUUGUUAACUGAUUUAAAAAAAAAGUUCUAUUUUUUUUAAAAAGUAUUCUUACUGUACUGCAUUUUUAAGACCUGCCUAGAACGUUUGCACAGCAGUGUGUAUGAUAAUCUCUAAUUUGUAUGGUUGAAUUGUUCUAGUUUACAUUGUAACUGGUGCUAAGGCCAGGAACACGCAGUGGGAGGACAUUCUGAGAGCGGAUCCUUAUUUAUGCACACAAGGGUCUCCACUACAAUGAGGUGCAGCAGCUGAUAGUCUGGGUGACUCAUGGAUUCCUCCGCAGCACAGGACUAUUUGCAAUUUUGAGAUGUAACGUUGUCUUCCCACAGUGUCACUCUCUUAUUCCUCUGUCUCUUCUCAGGGUUUGAGCUAAAACAAUUUGGAUUAAAAUGGCAUCAAUUUACUUGCACACUGAUCAGUAUGUUCCAAAUUUGUAAUCCUUUCAUAGAAAUUUGCUGGCUUUCUACAAUAAACUAUACAUUUUCAUUUAAAAAACAAAAACACUUACUUCCACAGGUCCUUAUAUUUCAUUGAUAAAACCAGGUUUUUUAACACUUUUUUAAAAUAAUUUUUUUGUAGAUUUUCUUUUGUUGUACUAAUGCCCUUCUCAUAGUUUUGCUCCCUUUUUGAGUUGAAAAGUUGGAUUUUCUUGAGAAGGCUACACAAACAGCAGUGUGCAUUGGGAAGAAUUGAAAAUUCAUUGUCAUCACCUUCAUUUUACCACUGUAUCCUAAAAUCCCACAACAAGACAAGCCCACCACACCAAUUAUAGACUUUGUUUCCAUUUACUUAUUUUUGUGUAUUUUGCAUGGACCUAAGUAUGUUUUACAGGUAAGUAGAUUUCAUGUUAAUCAUGUUUAUGCUAUAUUACUUUUUAAACUGUAUUUAUCAUUUUGCAUAAAUUCCAUUAAAUAUUGGAGUUACU